AUGUUGACUGCGCUGGGUCACAUCCAGCUGCUGCGCUUUGUCGGCCCAGCUGUUGUUGUUUUGGUGUUGCACCGUAUUACUUUAAUAACUUGGCUUGCAUGGCGACUCGCUUCACUGCCUCUGUCUAGGCGCGUCUUCGAACGAGGAGAUGAGAUUAUGUACGACUCGUAUCAAUCGCUUAUCUGCUUCUUCUUUGAGACCUUGACGGGAGCUGAGGUGAGGCAAUAUUAUGAAUGUUGUUAGGAGAUAUUUCAAGUGAACGCGGAGUCUCGACACCACGUGGGUUGGUGCAGCGUAAGGUGUAUUCCGAGAGUGUGAAAACAUGUAAUUCCUGAUUAUUUCUAUCGUUGCUUGAAUGCUUUUCUCCAUCCCUCUGUAGUUUUUUCAUUCUGCCGUGAACAUGGGUGACUCCUUCAGUGGUAUGAAAUGCUUGAAGGGUUCACGAGGGCGUUAAGGUUGUGGAGGAGAAAGAGUGCAUACAUGUCCACCAUUGUACACUUUCCAUCUUUUCAUAAUUGUAGGAAUACUUUCUAUAGCUAUAGCAAACCUUUGGAGGGAAUGGAGAAUGUGGCUGAUUCCCGAAAUGAGGGACAGCAAGUUAGCUGAAACACUCACAUGUCUUUCAAGAGUAUGAAUGGGGUGAUUCCUGAUGAAUCCCAUGGCUACUCAGAACUUGCCCUGCCCUGCCCUGCCCUCUUUUUCUUCCCUCUCCAAAGUGGCUUCAUUUUGAAUUGAACAUGAGACUCUUCUACGCAGGUCUAUUAAAGAGGCAGAGGGGUGGGUAAGGGCAUGUCAGGUGUAGGAACUGCAUGAAGCCUGAAUUCUCACUUUGGAAACUUUUCAUUGUUGUAUGAAUACUUUUACUAUUAAGAUGGAUGCAUUGGAGAGGGAUGAACAUGAGUGGGGAAACUUGCAGAAUGAUGUAGACAAGUUGUAGAGAAGAGUUUGGGACAUGUUUGAUUGGGACAUGUAACAUUAUUGUCGUUGUUUCUUUGUGUUUAACUGCUGAUAAGAAUUUGCCAACAUUUCAAUAAUCUUGAAUUUCCAGGAUGAUUCCAGUCCUCUUUAUUUCUAUCUACUAUGUUUUUUUAACUUUAUCUUUGCCUUUAUAUAAUUUCCAAAAGAAAACAUCUGUGCAAGACAAUGUCAAAUGAAAUCUCCUUUUUUCCACCUCAAGUUUUGACACAUUUUGCAUUUACUCAUGUACCUUGGUAAAUAUCCUGUGUGGUUUUUUAAGGUCAAAUUGAAUUGAUGCAUAGCCACUUUUUGCAAUCUAUGGGUAGUUGGGCUGAAAUUAUCUAGAAAUGUUGUGAUUUACAUCUCCUUUUUCUGGGAAGCUGAAUUAUGCACUUAUCUUCUACAUUCAAUAUUUUCCAACCUCCAUCAUUAAUAAUAUUGCCUGCCAUUUUACUUAAUUUUCAGGUUAUCCUUUAUGGUGAUCAAAUUCCAUGGAAUAAACAGGAAAAUGUGAUUGUGAUAUGUAACCAUCAAAGUUCAGGUACCAAUUGUUUAAAGAGACAACUCUACACAUAAACCCCAGGAUCGGGUCUUACACUCUUUUUCUCUAUAUUUGUUUACUAAAUCCUUUCAUGUGGUUGUCAUGUUUUUAACCAAAGUCCCAAAUCUCCAAAUAAGCAAGUUACAGUUCCUAAGAUUAGAGUGUUCUUGGUGACCAAAUGCAAUUUGACAAAAUUGUCUAUCUGAAGGCAAAACAAAACAAAACAAAAAUAUAUGACCUAGCCCAUAAAACUUGCCUUUCCAUUGCCUCACCUGAUCAUGGUGUUACCCUUUAUACCUUAACAUCAAUAUGCAAGUUCUCUUUACUUUUCUCUAUACAUUUACUGUGGUACUUACACGGAGAAUAAUUCUCUGUGUAAGACAUAGACAAAGACACCAUAGACAAAUUAUUUGUCUAACAAUCAAGGGCUUCUUGAGUUUACAAUCAUUUCCUUUAUUCUCAUAACCUUGAAGUUUGAGUAAGAAGUUAUACCACUGGGAGAAACUAGACAUGUGUUUCACUCGUAGAGUUUAACGGAUUCAAGUACUUUCUUUCAAAAAAGUUACAGCCUAUUGAAUAUUUUCUAAUAUCAUUGGCUUCCCACUUGAUUGAGGUAGUUAUUCUAUAUCUUUUUCACCAUUUAAAAGAAAACUCUGAUAACUUUGGAUAUUAUAUUUACGUAAUUUAUCUUUUUAAUGUUUGUAAAACAUUGUUUUUAUGCAGUGGACUGGAUAAUCACUGAUUUCCUUGCUGUCAGGCAAGGUUCUUUAGGACGACUUCGCUACAUUCUGAAGAACGGGUUGAAAUAUUUCCCUUUAUAUGGUUUCUACUUUGCUCAGGUAACUAUUUGAAUCUCUGUAUCUGUGCCGUUCAUGAAAUUAAGACUUUUAACUUUGGAAUUCCCUGAAGUGAUCAACAUAUAACUUCUCCCUGUGAUACCAUACAUCAUCCAGCAAACAGGUAAUGAGAAUACUCAGGCUUAUCAGGUGGAUGUUUUCAUCUUGAUCUAACAGCAAAUUCUUAGAACUAAUGCACAAGGCAAUGUGUAGCAGCUAGAGAGGAGAAUUAACAAUCAGAUCUUGGGAGUUAGAGUUACCUGUUUUUCUUCUUGUUUUUAUUUUUUUUUGUCUUUCUUUUUUUUUGUUUUUUUUUUGUUUUCAAUUGAGGUGGGCAUGCAUACACAAACCAUGCUGUCUUAUAACUUGAUUACAAUACUAUUUACAGCAUUCAUGUAUAUAUGUUAAACGCAGUGGGGCAAAAGACCAAGAUUACAUUGCUAGGUAGGUUGUGCUUACAUAUUAAGUAGAAUGUCACAACAAGUUAAGCAAAUUGAUGUAAGAUUAUUGGCACAUGGUAGUUUUUUUUAAAAUAUUUUUUAUCCUAUGCACACUAAAUUAGGCCAAAGCCCCUGUUGUAACACUGUACACCCAAACAUUAGUAUACAUAUUGAUGUGUGAUUCAGGGGUGAUUAGAGGAAUGUAAUGGUAGUCACUCCCAGGAGCAAAAGGGUUCAACUUUAAAAAGUGAGCAUUACUGUUAAGCUUUUCAUUUGGAAAUCUUUUUUUUCCUUCAUGCAAAGCAACUUGCCCCUCUAAGGGGGUCUCCAGCAGGUAAUGCCAGAAAAAUAUGAAAUUUGAAACUCUCUUAGAUGUGAUUUCCAGCUGGCCAUCUGGGACAUAUUUGGAAACUUUUUAUAGCCAGACCUGGAUGUUAGAAUCAUUUCACAAAGUAGCUGGCAUGAAAUGGUCUGACAACUGGAAGCUUUCUUCCACCAACAGGCUUCUAACCACAACCCUGUUAACCCUGUUCACCUUUUAUCUUUAGGAAACUUACAGAGAUGAAGGCUCGAAAUCUACCUGUGAGUAUGUUAUGUGCUGAUAAAAAUAGUCUUUGAAAGAUUAUUUUUAUGUUAAACAAAUUUUACUGUAACAGUUAUCAUAAUUAGUAACAUGUAGUGGUUCCUGUUUUUGCAACUUGAGAAAUCUAAGUGCUGAUCUUUGCAAGUAACCAGUAUUUGAUCAUGACAACAUAUUUUCUUUUUUAAUUUGUGAUUUGAUAUUAAUAAUGUAAGGUUAUAUUUUGUUGUAGAUGUGGUUAGUCAUUUUUCCAGAAGGCACACGAUACAAUGUAAAUAAUAAAGCAGUGAUUGAAAAAAGUCAAGCAUUUGCAACUGAACAAGGUAAAUGUCAUGAAAUACUUAGGUAAUUUAUGAAUUUAUGAUGGUGUACAUGAUACCUUCCCUUAGAUAAUUUUUUCAGGUGAUGUGUUUUAUACCCUGGGUGUAUUAUGCCUGGAGGUGCUAUAAGUGACCAAGACAGAAUUUCUCCUUACAGUAUCAACACAAUAUCAACCAAACAAGUGAUGAGAAUAAAGAAAAAUAUGAAUCAGGAGAUUAUUAGUUGAUCCAAUACCAAAUACAGACAGUAAGGAGAGUUACUUAUUUUCGAGAUCUUUGGAGUGAAAGGGUGAACAAAAUGCAUAGACCAACAAGUUAAAUAUAAAACUUAUGGUAAUUACUGGUAGCUGUACAAACAGGCAUCUGUUGUUACUUGUUGUGUACAUAGGGUUUUAUGCAGAAUGCCAGCCCAUGCCCAAAUGUGACAAUCAAAUAUUUUGAUUAUCAACUCUGAUAAUUGUCAUGAGGUGAACAAUAAGCCUAAAAUAUUUCUGUGCUUUUUUAAUACUACCAUUGGUUAGCAUGUGCUUGUGAUCAAUUGUAUUUCCUAGGUUACAUUUGGCCACAUUUAACACUGUAUUUUGUCAAAGUUUAUCACACAAUCAACUUCUAUCAACCAUUAUGUGCUCUUAUUCACAGGACUCCCAGUCUUAACUCAGGUACUUACCCCAAGAACAAAGGCUACUGAGGUUGGUGACCUGUGAUCUACAUCAGUGUCACAAUAUAAAACUACACCUACAAAAAAACAAAUAUGUACAAAGUCUAUGCUUUGGUGAUUUUGAAAGUUUUGGUUAGAACAGGUAUUUCAAUGUAAUAUCAUUUUGUUUUCUUCAAGGCCAGCUUCGAGGUUCUGUCUUCUGACUAUUUGGAUGCUGUUUAUGACUUCACUAUCACCUAUAGCAUGGCAAACGAGAAUCAUUUUCCUCGCAGACCAGCUCCAACUAUGUCUGGUAUGUGCUGUAUAGUUGUUUAACCCACUGGUAACUUCCUUGAAUUCCACCCUUGAAGCCUAGCAUGUUAUGAUAUGGAAUUAUUAGUGAUAGACAGUUGGUGAAUUCUCUUAUAAAUGUAUAAUACCAUAACAGGGUUAGCCUUAAAUGGAAUCCGCAUUUUCUCCUUUAGUUUUCCUUAUUUCAAAAGGACAACAAGUCCUUUUGAGUUCCUUUUUUGAAGCCUGCUAUGAUAUCAAAUUAUUUGUGUUAAUCAUUUAGUGAAUUAUCUGAUAAAUGUCCAUUAUCAUAACAGGGUUGGCCCUAAAAUGUGUUUUCUCCUUUAGAUUUCCUUAUUUCAAAAGGACAACAAGUCCAUGUAUACUGCCGAAGGCAUGAAGCUAGAGAUCUUCCCAAGGUUUGUUUGCAAUAUGUUCAUAUAUCAUGGUUCAUUCAGUUGAUUUUAUUUAAAAUGGCUUUGUAAAAGAUAUCACUGUUUUCUCUGAUGUUGCAUUCAUUGCAUUGUUGCAAUUACAAGCAGAGUCCAUACAGAAAUGAAAUAUCAAAUCCUGCAUUUGGAUGUCUCUGUGGUAAGAGUUAAUUUUAAAACUGUUGUCUUGCAGGAUAGUGAAGGAAGAAAAUCCUGGAUUCACCAAACCUUUGCAGAGAAAGACAGGUAA